ACUUUGCCUGCUGCUACUCUUCCUGAUGGAAAUGUUGUAUCCAGUUUCACUGGACCUGGUGAAUACACUCUUGCUCCUGGUAAUGUUGUAUCUGUUGCAUCUGACGGUGUUAUUUCAUCGGUUGUAUGUUCCGGUAAUGGCUUACCUGCUGUCACCUUGCCUAAUGUUGAUCUUGGUUUUGGUAACACUGUUAGCAACUACAAAGGUCCUGGUACUUACACUGUCAGUCCUGGAAAUGUAUUGUCUGUCGGUCCAUCUGGUGAAUUCUCUUUCAUCUCUGGCUCUGGCGUCAAUGGUAUUAAGACUGGAAGUAAGUCUAUCUCUUCUGUUUCAUUUGCCGAUGCUACCCUUCCUAACGGAAGCGUAUUAACUGCGUACACUGGACCUGGU